GAAGCGAGUCUCUGGUCGUGUUUGAAUGGUGGCUGCUGCUGGCGAGGACGCGUGCUGGUAACAGUGCUCCCGGAGGCCUGAACCAUGUUGUAAUCGUUCGCUGCUCCGUGUCUGAGCCAGAGCCGCACAUGGUGAGCCACAUCCACGUUCGGAGGAAUAUUCGUCGUCGCUCCGGGCCGCGCGGGACCAUGGUGAAAGGGAAAAGAAGAACCAACCGGAACAGCAAAGAUGAAAAUGCUGUGGUUGGUCAUGUAGAUGGACCCAAGGGGCCAAAAGAUUCCAGACUGGAGUCAAGAUUUGUGAAUGGUUCUCUAGUUGGGAACAAGAUGGCAUCCACUGGCCCCAACACCCACACUGAAAAUAUGAUUACUAGUUAUUUUUCUCCCUCAAGGUCUCCCCCAGUUGCUGAUGAUGCAGAGACAGAGAGUACUACUGUCCUUGAAGAGGAGUGCAGGAUGAACCCUGAGCUAACAAAUGCCCAGCUCAGCCGCCCUCAGCCUGCUUCUGCCCCCUCUUCACCAAGCAAGCUCAUGAAUGGGCAUGAUGGAACCUCACCAACUAAACUUCAGACUGAUAAAGUUCCUAAACGAACUGUGUGCACUCGAAGUCAGGCACUGAAAGAGCUGCAGAUCCAGUCCUCCACAGCCUUACAAAGCAAUGGUGUUAUACCCUCUUGCUCCUCUAGCUGCAGCCUUUCCCCUCAGUGCUCUGUUUAUACUGCUGUACCUCCAGUUAGUCCUGACACACCCACAACUGUGUCAGCCCCCACCACCCCGACCUCCUCUACUUCAACAGUGACAGAUGAUUGCUCUAGUCCUCAUACAGGGCCACCAACCCCCCAUAAAAUCCAGGCUCUUAAUGAAGAAAGGCUGCGUCUUGACUCACCACUGUCCCCCUCCUCUGCCCUUUCCAAACUGAAGCUGUCACUCGCACCAAAGAAGCUUAAAUUCAAUGAUAAAACGGCCAAAGCAAGGAGAAAACUUCCCACCCAGAAUUCUACUCGAGGAACUGUGCAGUCCAAGAUUGAAAAAGUAUCAAAAGUAAAUAAUUCAUCACAGGUGUCAAAUGGGGAAACUAAACCCACCCAGCGUAACACCCAGAUGACAGAAUUCUUUCCAAUACGAAGAUCAGAACGAAAGCCGAAGACAACACUAUUGCAAGAACGUCAAAAGGAAAUAGAAGAAAGAAUACGGAGUGGAAAAGAAGAAGGUUUAAUGGUGAAGCAGUUUGGUGCUAAGGGACGUGGAGUGGUAACCACAAGAAAGUUCAAGAAAGGAGAGUUUGUUGUGGAGUACAUUGGAGAUCUCAUUGAUGUGAGGGAAGCUAAAGAAAGGGAAUCAAGAUAUGCACAAGAUGCCACCAAAGGAUGCUAUAACUAUUAUUUUACUUUCCAGAAUCAACAAUACUGCAUUGAUGCUACAGAUGAAAGUGGAUACCUGGGAAGGUUGGUGAAUCACAGCCGGAAUGGUAAUCUGGUGACAAAAGCUGUAGAAGUCAAUGGCAGACCACAUUUAAUCCUUCUGGCAAAGCAUGAUCUUGAGCUUGGAACAGAGGUCCUCUAUGAUUAUGGGGAUCGCUCAAAAGAGGCCCUGGAACACCACCCAUGGUUAGCAUCAUGAUUGCGUGUAUAGAUGAAUAUUUACCAUGAGGCUCACUGGGGUAUGGUGGAACAUUAAGGGAACCAUGAAAGUCAGGGAUACCUCGAGAGGUCAGUAUUAUAUGCUUUAAGUGAAGGAACUGUUUGAGCUAUUGGAGGGUAUUCUAAAGGCUACGUUGGAUAUUGAAUUCUUCAAUCAGAUAUGAGAAGAAAUUAAGAUUUGUUGUGAAUUAGAGUAAAGGGUAAGCUUGUAUUCAAAAUUAUUUGGUCAUUGAAUUCAUAGGAACAUCUGUUUGUUGUUUACCUAGGAAUAAAUUUAGCUUACUCCAUUGACCCUCUUGAUCUGUGAUGUGUGUCACCCCUUUGACUGCCAUUGGCUACACUGUAUGGUACUGUACAACAUGAAGGUUGACUUUU